AUGGAGAACGUUCUUGACGAUAUCUCCCACCGGAGAUACAAUCCAUUGCGAGGAUCCUAUAUCCUGGUUUCUCCCCAUCGAACCAAGCGGCCUUGGCAAGGCGCGCAGGAAAAUCCUUCCAAAACGACUUUGCCUGCAUAUGACCCAAAGUGUUAUUUGUGUCCUGGAAACGAGCGCGCACAGGGUGACGUCAACCCCAAGUAUGAGAGCACUUUUGUAUUCGUGAACGACUACAGUGCCGUGAAGGAAGAGCAGGCUUCCUAUGACGAUAGCAAUAAUGAUGAUCUUGAAUCGCGCUUCCUCAAGGCCGAGCCUGUAACAGGUAAAUGUUACGUCUUGACCUUCUCAGCUGCUCACAACCUUACCCUGGCCGAUCUGUCUCCUAUCGAGAUCGUCCCGGUGAUCAACUCCUGGACAGAGAUCUACGCCGCUCACCUUUCGCCUACCUCGCCGCUGGCCCAGAAUGCCCCACCCACUCACAUUGCGCCCACUGCUCCCCACGAAAACGUCACCAAGCCCAAGGAGCAGUACCGCUACAUGCAAAUAUUCGAGAACAAGGGCGCUGCCAUGGGCUGCUCGAACCCUCACCCUCACGGCCAGGUCUGGACUACCAGUACCCUGCCUGAGGAGCCUGCCGCGGAGAUGGAGCAACUGCUCCGGUACCGCCAUGAGCACAAGGGCUCCCACUUGCUGGAGGAUUAUGCCGAACUAGAGAGCCGCAAGGGAGAUCGUAUUGUCUUCGAGAACGAGGCUUUCGUUGUCGUUGUCCCUUGGUGGGCGACUUGGCCCUUCGAGACUAUGAUUGUCAGCCGCACACAUAAGCGCGCACUGGUUGAUCUCAGCGAGUCGGAUAAGACUCUUCUCGCUGAGGCUAUUGCCGAGACUACUCGUCGCUAUGAUAACCUUUUCGAGACUCAUUUUCCUUAUAGUAUGGGUAUUCAUCAAGCGCCUCUUGAUGGUACUGCUGAGGAGAUUGAGGCUUCGUAUUUGCACUUGCACUUUUACCCUCCGCUGCUCCGUAGUGCUACUGUUCGCAAGUUCCUUGUUGGAUAUGAAUUGAUGGCUGAGCCCCAGCGCGAUAUUACACCCGAGCAGGCUGCUGCUCGGUUACGUGGCUGCGGUGGAGAAUUAUACCGUAAGAAGUUAGAGUAA